AUGUAUGUCAUCAACAUAGUUUAUGUUCUAAUAGUAUGCCUUUUGGGCACUGUUCUUUCGUCCCCUUAUUGGGGCGAUCCAUUAUUAAACGAUUUUGGUAACGAAGAACUAAAUACUAAUAAAAAAAAAAGAUUGCACUCCACCAAAAUGAAAAGAUAUGCUAUAGAUAUUUCUUCAUUUGGGAACACAUGUGUUGCAAAGUACUCAGAUAUUUGUGAACACUCCAAUUAUGAAAUACGAGUAAAUAAUGGAAUAAAUGGAUACACAAUAAAGGCUAUGUUAAUUCAGAAAGAAACUAGUGAUAUUGUUUCUGUUCAUCAUGCAACAAGUAUAUUUUCUACAGAUGGCAGUGCACUAUUAAAAUUUGAUAAUAUUCCAUCUUUACAUUAUAACAUUAUAUUAGAAGUAACUGAUUUAAUUUAUAAUAAAGAUUAUACUAUUGGAAAUAAGUGCCUAUGUAAUAUUUGUAAUGAUACAAAAAUAGUAAUAGGUUUAAACAAUAUAGAGAACAAUAUAAUACACGCAACAAGAGGGCAUAAACAAAUUAAUUUACCAUUUCCACAAAGCUCUUUUGUAAAUGGUAAAUUGUUGUUUAGUAAUUUUAAUUUAUAUCAUUCCCAAAUAAAUUUAAGAUCUAUUGAAAGGUAUGAAGAAUUAUAUAAUAACCAAUAUGAAUUAGUGCGUCCAUGCUCUGGUAUUAUUAUGGUACACUCAGAAAAAUAUAAAAUUCAUUAUGACGUAAAAAGUGUACAUUGCUACCAUGUAUAUAUUAUCGACAAAAUUUUGAAAAAAAUAACGUCUAAUGAUCAAAGAAGCGUAAAUUUUAAGAAUAAUAUGUUCCUAAAGUUCAAUAAAAACGAAACUAAUGAGGAUAAUAUGAUAUCUGUUGCAAAAAAUUAUUUAAUUCAGCUUCCUUUAAAAUAUGAUAAUGGAUUUUAUUAUUCACGAAGCACAGUAAGCGGACUUUUAGUUACAAUCAAUGUGAAUGCAUUAUUGAACAAUAUAAAAAAUAUAUAUAUAAAUAACAUGGAUAAAAAAAUGGAAUACGUUCAAAUGUUUAGAAUAAUUAUUAGAUUAAUGCAUCAAUAUAACGAAAUUACAUAUGACAAUUUGUUACAGUAUACCACAAAUUUGGCAUUACAAAAAUCUCAAUCGUCGUCUUCAUUAAUAAAUAAUAAUAUAUAUAAUGUAUAUGCCGAAGAAUUAACGGUUUUAUUAAACUCUUUAUCUUUAGAGUUUGAUCCAGAUAUAAUUGGACUUGAUAAAAAUGUUGUACUUAUGGAGGAAAAGGAAUUUAUUUCACAACAUGGUAUCGACAUUAAUGCACGUAUAUAUAAAAAUCAACUAAUACUUAAAGAAUCCUCAGAUAUAUGUUUAGUUCUUUUGCAAGAUAUAGCUAGAGAAAUUAAUAGUUAUGUUAAUAACAAAUUGGAUUAUAAAUAUACUGGUGUAUGCAAGAAUUUCAGAAAAAAAAACAGUUAUGCCAAUAUGUCAGUAAUGUAUUAUACCUAUGAACUAGAUUGUAACAUUUCAAUUUUUUAUAAAGAAUAUAAGACGAAUGACGAUUUAAAGAUAAAAAAUAUUAUAUCAAACAAAAGUAUAUUUGAAGAUGUUUAUAUUCAAUUACAUUACUACGAUAUAUAUGAAUAUGGCAUAUUAAUUCACGUGCAGGUUGAUCAAAAUUUAGUUAGAUAUAUAAAAUCAUUGGUAAAAAAUUACAUAAAUAAUGAUUCAGUAAUUGUGAUGAACAUAAUUGGGCGUAAAACUGAUAAAGGACCUGAAGAUAUUGAUAAAACACUCAAAAUAAUCACAUUUCCAAUUGAUUGUACAACGAAUUGUUCUAAUAUAGAACCAAUAGUUAUACAUGAUAAUUAUGAUUAUAUAUCUAUAGAGAAUAUAUGUAUUAAAAAUACUACUGUAUCUGACAUUUGUUUUCCACAGUAUAAUUAUUCUUACAUAUUUGAUACUAGAUUAUUACUUGUACAUAUGAUAAAUAUUAACCCUUAUCCUGAAAUCGUAUUACAAACUAAUAUACAUCAAAGAAUAGUCGAGGGAAACUACUGUAUUUUAUCAAGACAUCCUCUUUUAAUACCACAUGAAUACACUCCAAGAAUAUAUAAAGAUAAUGUAUGUAAAGAAUAUAUUAAUAGGUGUGAGCUUUUAUCAACAAAUGUAAUCGUUAAAAGUAUAAACAUUCCUUCAACUAUAUUACAACGAAAGAAUAAAUUUAAAUUAUCAUUUACAACGGAUUUUGAUGAAAAACAUGAAGAAAUGUUCCAAAUUAAUUAUUUUUCAGAUAAUAAUAUUGAUAUUUCCAAAAAAAAACAUUUAUUAACUCAUUACAAUAAUAGUUUUUAUAUAAAUCAACAUGAUAACUUAAUUAAUGAAUCUAAACGUCAAAAAGAAAAUUUUGAUCAUAUUGUAUCCAUUGAUGAAUCAUCACAUAAUAAGGAAAAUGCUUAUAAAAAUAUUAAUAAUUUCCAGGAAAUGAAAUAUGAUAUUAAUAUAUUUAAUAUGGAAAGGGUGUACACUCAUGAGCAAACAUCAAAGAAUAAUGAUUCUUCUUUAUAUCCUUUUGGAAGUUUAAGCAUUAAUUAUUCGCAUGUAAAGGAAAAUAUAUACAUGAAAUUUUUAAACGAUUAUAUUUAUUUUUAUGAAAAUGAUUCACAAAAAUCGGAUUAUAACAUAGUUUCAGCUUUACCAGAAGACACAUUCCCCCAUUUCACAAAUGUCUCUGUAUAUAAUUAUGAAUGUUUAGGUGCUUAUGCUUAUUUGAUGAACAAAUUUAACAUUUUAGUAAAUGAUUCGCUAAAUUGUGAGGCUAUACAUAUGAUUAUAGAAGUAUUAUUAAAAGGAAAAUUGGGAAAAUAUUUCAUAUACAAUAAGAAUAAAAUAUUUUUAAACUUUAUAAAAAAGGAACCAUUUAGCGACGAUAUAUAUGAUGUUUUUGACUUAAUUGAUGUCGAAAUAUAUGAACAAGAUAACUUACAUACACCUAAAUCAAAGCAUAGACUUAAUGUAAGCAUUGACGAAAAUAAUUUAAAUUUAUUAUAUUCUCAUAAAAACGUUCUAUAUAGAAAUAAAUAUUUUUCGAACAUAUACAUACUAAUGUUCAAAAUAGCAUAUUUAUCAAAUGAAUAUGACUUUUAUACAUUUUUUUACGACUUAACUGGAAUUAGAUUAAUUGAUGAAAUUGUAUUAAAAAAUAUAAAUAAAUUAUCAAUGAAAGAUCAGACACAUAUACAAUAUAUAUUAUUAAACCUUGAAAAUAAUUAUAAUAUAAAAAUUGAGGAACAUACUAACAAAUUUGAAGAAUUAAUAAAUGAAAUAUCAUUAUUAGCAGCCUAUAUUGUAGAGUUAACAUCAUCAUAUAAAGUAGAUUUGUAUACAACUAAUGCAGAAUCAAAAAAUGAGUUAAAAUCAUUUGCAAAUAUUAAAUACUUUGUUUAUAUCAAUGAGUUCAAAUAUCACGAAAAAAAUAUUUCAAUAAAUCGAUUGGCUCAUACAAUGUCACAACUUGGUACAUUGAUAAUUAAAAAAAAAAUAUUAUGUUGUUCAAAUUUUGUAGAUGAAGUAGAAACAUCAUUAAAAUAUUAUAUAAUGUAUAAAUAUGUAUAUAAUGGUACUGAAUUGAUAAAUGACGAUGAUGAUAUUAUGCCUCCAAUGGCAUAUAAAAUAAUACAAACACUUUUGGAACGUCCUAUUUCAAAAAGAAAUGUAUAUGAUGAAAUGCCUAAAUCAAACAUAGAUAAUAUAACAAAACAUAUAAUGAAGCAAUCGGGAUACAUACAUAAAAAUAAUAUAACUACAGAAUACAAAAAUUUGGAGUGUAUUCAUUUAGACUCAAUAAAUCAUUAUGAUAAUAUUAUAACAAACUUCGAAACAAAAUAUGAUAACCAUGGAUCAUUGGUUUCUAUGAAAAUAUUAAAAGGUUUAUUAAAAGACAAAAGUGUUGAUAUUCAAGAAGAUAUGAAUUAUUCAGUAUAUUUUUCAUUUAGAAACUUAUCUGUUCCAUUCAUUGGUAAGACACAUAGAGAAGAAACAUUAGGCUUUAAAAGGAUAUUAUUAUUAAAAGCUUUCCCUAAAGCCGUUUAUGAAUCAGUAUUAUUUUAUACAUAUAUAGAUCAAUUAGAUGGAAAUUCAUUAUUUAUGUUGGAAAAAAUAAUCUUUGUAUCGAAGGGAAAUAAAUUAGUAAAGGAAAUAAAUGUAGAAUAUCAGACAUUUUUUGUUCACCCACGUAACAUGAUAUUAACUAACAAUAUGUCUUCAAAUACACAUAUCAAUACAUAUUCAACAUAUUUUAAUGAACUAAAUAGAUGCUAUCAUUAUAAUAAUGGUGUCCAAGCAUGUGAUUACCCUGAAUAUGGAUAUAAUGGUUUUACCCCAUAUUACGUUUUUUACACUGAAAAUAACCAAAGAAAGGAAAUAUUAUUCAAGAAUAAUGAAGAAAUAGCAAAUUUAAUUAAUAACAAACCUUUAACUUUAACCAAGAGAUACAAUAUUGAGUUGGGAGGAGAAAAAAUGGAUGUAGAAAUUUACAAUUCGGUUGAAAUGAUAAUAAACGAAAUAGCCCUUUCUAUCGGACUUAAAAAUUUUAAUAAAAAAAAUUGUUCAAAAUUAACUUUAAAUAACGGAUUAAUGCAUGUACCUAAUGACCCCAAUUCUCUUAUAUCUAGUAUUUAUUAUGAAACAUUAUAUUGUUUAGACAAAAGUGCCAUUUAUAAAAAAAUAUUAACUAUUUGUAAUUUUAAUAAAGAAGAACUUAUGAAAUUAUUUAGUGCUUUAGAUAGUAAUAUGCUACCGUAUAACUUGGAAGAAACAUUUGCAAACUCGUUAACACAUAACGAAAUAAUAAAUUUAAUAACAUACUUGAUUUCAGCGCCUUAUCAGGUAAAUAUGAUGAUAAGAAGACCAUAUGAUGCCGACAAUAAAGGUGUAAAUAAUGAUAUGAAACCUUUAAACUUAAAUAUUAUGGAAUUAAAUAGCACAGAAAAUAGAGAAUCUAAAAUAGUUUUUAUAGAAAAUGAAGACAUAAUUAAGAUUAGUAAACAAUUUUUACAAAAAGAAGUGAAUAAUUCGUCUUUAUUAGAGUUUAACGAAUCAUUAUAUUUUGAACUUUUGAAAUAUAUGCCUGCUAGUUUUAUUAAUGAACAUAAAAUACUAAUAGAUAUGAAAGAUGUAAAUAACUACCUAAAAAAUUAUAUAAAUAAAGAGAAUAUAUGUAAUAAUGAUUCCUAUUUUAAAAAUAAUGGAAUAAUGUUAAUACCUGGUGAAACUUCUACAUAUAACCAGCCCAGUUUUACAUAUAUAAAUAAUGAUAAUAUAUAUAUUAAGAAAAAACCAGAAGACAGUUAUAUAUUUAACAAUAUAUUUUUAUUUGAAGGAAAAAAUAAUUUAAACAAAAAUUUUUUAAAUGCUAUUGUAGUUUUAUCACCAAUACAUAUAACUGAGGUACAUGAUAUAUCAUAUGUUGAAUUAAUAGCAAAUACAUUUGAUAGCAAGCAUCAAUUUUCUAUGAAAUGUUACCCCCAUAAAAAAUAUGACAAUUCAUAUUUUGAAGAAGAAUUUAAUUUAGCUCCUAAUUCAAUUUAUUUUGUUUGUAUGAAUGUAUAUACAAUGUAUUUAAAGAGCGGAUUAUACGAAUUUAAUAAAUACUUAAUUAAAUUUAACACUACUAAUAGUAAUACAUACCAUCUAUAUAAAAAUAUGCCAGUAAGACCUGUUUAUAGUGUCAAGAAUAAUAAUAUAAUAGUUCCAGAUAUGAAUAAGAUCGUUUUAAAAUUGCACCGUAUAAAAGAUGAUGAUAUGAACUCAGCAUUAAUUAAAUAUCUUAUAUUUGUAGAUGGUUUUAUUACUUUACAUGCUAAUCCAUAUGUGGUAGUUAACCCUGUAUUUACAGAAGAUUCGUACUAUUAUAACAGUAAUGUAAGUCAAACAGAUGAUUAUGUAUCUUUUAUGUAUUCACGUAAACUUAAACUUUUUGAAUUUUUAGAAUUGCCAACUACUCAAAAGUUAUUUAAAGAUAAUACGAUGACUAUAACAACAGAGCAAUUAAUACAUUAUCAAGAAGAAACGCAUAAUAUAUAUUUAUUAACUCUUGUAAAAACACUUAAUUUAACAAAGGUUAUAAUAAGAGACAUAUUUAAUAAUGAAUUUGAAAUAAAUAUUGAUCUAAUUAAGGAUGAAACACCUACUAGUAUCCACACAGAAGCCCCACUCCCAACCCCACCAGCUUCUACAACUACUGUUCCAGUAGAAGAAAUAGAAAAAGAAAUAGAAAAAGAAAUAGAAAAAGAAAUAGAAAAAGAAAAAGAAAUAGAAAAAGAAAAAGAAAAAGAAAAAGAAAAAGAAAAAGAAAAAAGUAAUAUAGCGUGCAAAUGUUGCCUAGUUAAAAUAACAAAUAAUACGAGUUCAAAUGAUAAUUGCAUAUCUGUAAAUCAAUACAUUUUCCUUGUACAAAGUUUAACUUCGAUUUCUGAAGGAAAGAUGUCAUUACAUGUUUCUGAAAAUGGCUACGAAUUAAUUGGAAAUGAUGGCAAAUUGACGAUAAAUAGAGCACUUAAUUUAUUAUGUACCAAAUUAAAUGGUGAAGUACAUUUAACAAAUGGUGAUUAUAAUAUUCAAAUAUCAAAUUAUCAAUAUAGUAUGCCGAAAUCACCAUUUAAUUUCUCCAAUGGGUAUUUUAAUAUACUGAGAAUAAAUGAAGAUGGAACAAAAUAUAUUACUCCACCUAAUGCGUUUAUAAGUGGGGAUAAGCCUUUUACUGUGGAUUUAAAUAUACCAAAAAUUAGUAGCAUUGGGAAUGCAGAAAAAGUUUCAGAAUCGUUGCUACUUGAGAAAAAAGAUAAUUCUCAAGUAGUUGAUGUUAUACCUAUACCAUAUGUUGAAGAAAAUAAACAAUCAAAACCAUCCUUUUCGAACUACAGUUGGUUAACAAAUCAAAGAACAAUAAACUCAAAUAGUGCACAAUAUUAUAGAAGAAAUGUUAUGUGUACUAUUUAUAUAAAAAGUAUAGAAAUAUAUGACGAUAAAACUAAAAUGAGUAUAUAUGAAAACAAAUAUGAUAUAAGCACAAAUUCAUUAUAUUAUGGUGUAUAUGAAAUACAUGUUAAUAAUGGUAAAUCCUACGGAUCAUGCAAAAAUGGUCAUUGUCUUUUAGAUGACUGGUUUCUUAAUUAUAUAAUGCAUAGUGAUAAAUUAAAAAAUGGAGUUUAUAUGUUACACAUUAAAAAUUAUAUCAAUAUACAUAGAGUUGAUCAAUUAGAAAGCAAUCCCCGUUAUGUGCCUGAAUCUUCUAAAACCGCUGUAACAGAAGCAUUACCAGUCACAUCUAAAUCAGUGUUUUGCGCGUCGGAAGAUUUAAACAAAUUGGAAAGUUUUGAUGCAAAUAAAAAAAUAAAAAUGAUUAGAGAGAUUGAAACAAAUUCGAAUGUGAAUCCAGGGAUAUAUAUAGUACAUAUUAAUUACAACAAUUAUGAAGUAUAUACAGAAAAAGAAAAUUACAAAAUAUUAGAUACAAGUAUAUUUGAAUCUUGUAUUAAAUACGAUUUUAAUAUAAAAGAUGAUAUGCAAUAUAUAUAUAAAGUGCAAAUAAUAAAUGAUGAAACUAAAGAUAUAAAACAUAUAGAAAAUGGAAGGAUAUUUAUAGAUAAAAAUAAUAAUAAAUUUAAAGAAUAUUAUGCAUUUAUAAGUAGCAUAGAAAAUAAUGAUAAUAAAUCAACAUAUUUAUAUAAUAAUAUUGCACGCUUUUAUGGGCCCCAACAUAUAGUAAAAUCAAAAUAUAUUGUAAAUGGAACAAAUUUACAUAAUAUAAAAAGUAUAAAUCAAAAUGGCUAUUAUAAAAAUCUUGAUAAAACAGAUGAAGAGUUUGUAGUGGAAAUGUUUAAUGUAUUGCUUGAAUCAAUUCCACGUGAUAAAUUAUAUUUUAUAGAAAUAUUCGAUGAGGAUUUUGACUAUUCGCUUAUCUCAAAUUUUGAAUCGAAAAUACAUCUCGAAAUGGAUGAAAACAAUAGAAUUAGUAAUGAUGAUUUAACUGAUAACCGAAAUAACAUUUUUAUGGUGCAAAUAUCUGAAUAUAAACAUAUGGCGCAUCAAAACAAGAGAUGGGGUUAUAACUAUUAUGAUGAAUUUAUGUUGCAAGGUGAUUUUAUAAAAGAAGGACAUUAUGAUAUAGCAUUUUACAACGGUAAAUGCACAAUUAAUUAUUAUAGUGGUGAUGAAAAAAAGGUAAAACCAAGUGAUAUUGAAAAUAUAGUUAUGUCAUCUGGAAAAAUAUUAAAAAAUUCGUAUUAUAAGAUACGUAUUAUAAAAUGGGAAAAUUCAGAAGAAAUCAUGUUGAUAAAUGAUUUAUUUCAUACGCAAAUAGAUGCUGCAAAAUCCAAAGAUAAUAAAUAUGCGACAACUGAAGUAAGAGACAAUGAUAAUACUGCACCACCUUCGGUGUUACCAAGCAAAAAAGAAGAGGAAGGAUUUUAUAGAUCUUAUAUAUCUUUAAAAUUGAAGAAAAAUGAAAGCGAUAAAUAUGGAAUAAAAAAAGUUGUCGAUGGUAUUUUUGAUGGCAAAAUUGUAAACAGUAAAUAUUCAAUACAAAUGUUAAAUAAUAAUUCUUACAAAAUAAAUAUUUUAAAUAAUGCAAAUGUGCACGCAAAAAAUAUAAUAGAUUUAAUAAAAAGUGUAUGGAAUUGUAAUAUGACUGAUAAUACUUGUAUAUAUGAUAUUGAAAUAUAUACAUACAAUACCGUAGAAAGAGGAAAUAUGGGAAUGGACUCAAAUAAUGAUGGCUACUAUUAUGUUAUUAUAGAACCUAUUAAAACUGAAGAGGUAGAAUUAGGAAAUAAUAAUAAUGCUCCAAGUAAAAGAAAUACUGAAUAUAUAAAAAUUAUAGGAAAGAAUUUACCAAUUGGACAUUUUAAUGUAGUUGUCGAAAAUGAUACUUUUAAUGGAACUGAUGCGAAUAAAAUGAAAAUGGAUACAAAAUUAAUAAAAAAUAUUAUGUUAUUAUCAUUUGAAAAACCGUUGGAAGGAAAAUACAAUGUAACAAUUGUUAAAAAUAACAAUAAUAUUUUAACAAACUGUUCAGAACAUAAUACAGAAAUGAAAGAAACAAUAUCUCCUACCCAUAAUGGAAUACAUAAACGUAUUACAAUACGUGGUUUUAAUGAAGGAAAUCAUAUAGUACCAAUUUUUCAGGAAGAUAUACAUUUUCAAAAAGGACAUGAUAUAAAAGAUGGAGAUUACUCGACAUAUCGCCAUGAAAAUGGAAUAUAUAGUAUUAGAAGUCAAAAUUAUAAACUAAGUACAAGCGAAAACACAUUAUUACAGAACAUAUUACUAGAAACAUCGAUUAAAGAAUAUGGUUUAAUAAACAUAACAACAAUCAAAAAUGAUCCAAUUGAAAUAUUACAAUAUGAUUUAUUUUCAUCAAAAAAUUGUAUUUUAUUACAAAAUGAAAAUAUUAAUAGUUUAGGUGUUCGUAAUAAUAUACUACCUUUAAUUGAGAAUUCCGAAAGUUCGAUGAUAAAAUACAAAUAUGUAGAAUCUAAAAUAACUAACACAAUUACGCAUUGUGCAUCUUCUAAUGAAGCAAAUUGCCUAAAUGUGUUGCGAAGAGCAUAA